GGUGACCAUAGACUGUACAAUAAAAUCUGCAUGAUUUCGUAUGAUUUUAGCAUGAGGGGGGUUUAUCUUUUGACAUUUCUGUCAGUGGCAAUGUUCGGUGGAAGCUAUCUCGCCGGAUCAGUUCCAUUUGCGUUUAGCAUGUCUGAGCAUCGUAUGCGUCUGGCUAGUAUAUUCGGUGCAGGUCUCCUAGUUGGUACAGCGCUAUCAGUAAUAAUACCCGAAGGAGUAGAAUCGCUGUACAAUUCGAUAACAGGUUUUUUUCUUUUUGACCACUGUAUUAUUUCAGUGAAUUCAAGAACUAUUGACUUGAAUGACAAGAUGCACGGCCACGAUGGCAAUCAUAGCGUUAUUCAUAAAUCAGUGGGUUUAUCGCUUGUUGUUGGUUUCAUUUUCAUGCUACUUAUUGACCAAGCAACUCGUAUUGUAACUUCAACAGGAGGUGAGAAAUCUAGAUAUAAAUUAACUGCCACAGUUGGUUUGAUCGUUCAUGCUGCCGCUGAUGGAGUUGCAUUAGGCAGUGUUUCAAUGGCAAGUCGUAGCAAUGUACAGUUCAUUAUAUUCUUAGCAAUAAUGUUGCACAAGGCUCCGGCUGCUUUUGGUUUAGUAAGUUUUCUUUUGGUCGAAGGUUUCGAACGGUUUCGUGUUCGACGACAUUUGCUAGCAUUUUCAUUGGCUGCGCCUAUUACUGCUAUUGUUACUUUUUACAUUCUUCUUCUGGUUGGUCAACAAUCCUCUUCUUUAAGUUUUACAACAGGGAUUUUAAUGUUAUUCUCAGGCGGCACAUUUCUUUACGUUGCUACUGUACACAUUUUGCCUGAAUUGCUGAAUUCGAAUAGUCAUUCGCAUCAUCAACUUAAUCAGGGUGAAAUUAUUGGUAACUUAUCGGUUGUGCAUUCUGUAUUCACUGUAAAAGAACUGCUUGCAAUUAUUGUGGGAGCUAUACUCCCAGCCUUUCUAGCAUCCCAUCAUUCCCAUUGA